UGAAAAUAUAAAUCCCCCACCCCACCCAAAACGACAGUUUCAGUAGCAUUUUUUUCCAGUUUCUUCUCAAGCGGUGACACCUCCGUUAGUUCUCCCCGACCGCCCAACCGUCGUUCAUCUCACAGACUCACACCGUAUAGCCUCCCUCAUUCUACAAGCCGGGGAACCUCACCUCACCAUUCGACCUCCCUCUUUCAGAUUCAGUAAGCUAUUCUGUUGCAUUGUAUUCAAGAUUUUCAAGUAUUUGUAGAGAGGGAGCGAACAAUGCUGCAGUGGAUGGGGGGAUCAAGACGGAAAGUCACGAUUUCAAGGAAAUCUACACACAACAGGCAAAGGCAAUACUUUGAACAAAGGAAACAACAAGAAAAGACAACAGGUUAUGAGGACCAUGCUGAUGAAACUAGCAUAGCUGGACGACAUCAAAAGGAAUGUCGAUCUCUGGAUAUCCUCAGCUUGCUAAACCUCUCAACUUUUUCUGCUGUCGGCAAGUGUUAUCCCAGCAGAAGUCAUUGUAAGUCUGGUCCUUCGACAAUUAAGUAUCAAAUGCCAGAGGAUCCAGCGAAGAUCAUUACAAGUUCAGUACCCCCUUCUUAUUCUGUUAAAAUCGAGGAAGCAGGUGCUCCACCAUCAAGCUAUCAAGGAGAGUUACAAUGCCCAAAGAUUUCAUUUAGCGAUCAUGAUAAUCAUGAUUUAAAUGCUUCCAAUGAUAGUUUGGAUCUCUGGAAUGCAGCCACUGAGAAUCAAUUAUCUGUUUUCGACAUGCUUAUUAAUGAUGAAUCAGAGGUGGGUUCAGAAAGAAGUCUGGUUCAUGAAGCUCAUGUUGCUUUUUCAGUUGAAGGUUUAGGUAAGAUCAGAACAAAGACUCCAUUGCACUCACCAAAGCAAGGGGGCAGAAUCUCUUCUGAUGAUUGCUCAUUAGCCUGGAACUUUUCAAGGCAACUAAACUCAUUGAAGGGUUCUAACUUUGUGCUAAAUGAUAGUGAACUAGAAGUGGACAUGGAUGUUCCACUUGGUAGCAGUCCUUCGCAGUUCUCAGUCGAUAUAACUGAUUCACAUGGCAAUUGGAAGCCAAACCUCUCCACUUUUUCUGAUGACAUGCAACUUGAUAGCCAUUACAGAAAUAGCAAGUGCUCUUUUGGUGACACUGACAUUUCCUACAACAUAGGAAGGGAAGAUAUAUGGGAUGCUAAAGUUAGCUACCUAGAUGAUGGCUUUCCCCAUGAAAGGGAAGAUGACAUUUCUUGGAAAUACUGGCCACACAAAAUAGAUGGUAAUUCUGGAGAUUUUUUGGAUUAUGAAAAUGGUGAGAUACCAGAUAAUGCUUUUGAAGGAAUUACAUGCUGAGGAAAAGGUUAGAAAUCAACAGUGAAUAUUUCCUUGUUCUGAGAUAUAGGAGUAUACCUUUUCUUUUUGAUGAAUUCAUUACAUCUAUGCAGGGGUGUCAAAGCAACAAAUUUGAAUAGUUUAGAUCCUUCUCCAAAGCAUUUAUCAUCAAAAGUUGGUCAUGAUUUGACAACUUUAAUUGGGGAAAGUGGCAGGUGUAACCCAAUUCAAACGAAUUAUCAUGUAAAGAUUUGCCAGCCCAACCAGGUUGGCCUUUUUUUGGGACUGAAGAUGUAAAGGAUAGCUUGAGCUUGCUGAGGUAAAUUAUAGCAACUUUUUGUUGCAAGGUGAUUUGGUUGGAAGGUACUACUUUAACUUACAUGUUUCCUCUCUCUCUCCCUCCCUCAAGCUUUAGCAGUGAAGAAUCAUGCUCUUCUAGCGCAGUGAGGGGUGAAACGAUAGACAGUUCACCUCCAAAUCUAAUGCCUAGGCAGAGCAGAAGAAUAUGUAGUACAUUUGGUAGGACCAGAAUGAAGUAUGAUCUGGACAAUGAUUUUGCCAAGGAAACACGUUGCGAAGACAGAGAUAAUUUUGGGCAACCAUCUGGCAAAUAUAUGAGGACUCCAGUUCCGCUCAAGUCAACAGCAACCAAGCGUGCAAGCUAUUAUCUCCAAGGGGGAAUAGAACUAUCUCAAAAUGGUUGCUUGAGGAAGGAUGCAAUGGAGUUGAUAUAGAUUUGGGUUUCAGUUCUUUCCAUUGCACCUCACAGGCAAACCUUCCAUCUGUAGGAUCCCAGCUGUGGGCUGAAGAUCCUAUUGGUGCCUUUCCUGUUCCUGAACUGAAUCUUAAUGUCAAAUCUUGCUUUAAUACACCUAAGCACAGUGAAUCUAUUCACUGUUUGCCUUUUAGCUGUUUCACAUCCGAGAAGUUUGCUUUUUGCCAACCAUUGAAUCAAACAAACGCUUUUGAUUCUCCAGUAUUCUCAAAUAUCGGGGCUGGAUCAAUCAAGCAUGCCCUAUCUCCAGAUUCAGGAAGACAAGGUGUUCCUUUGGAUUUGUUUGAUGCUGGUCAGCAUAGAGAGAUUGGAUUUCUUGAUUUAUCAGUACGAGGACGAGUUAAUGGAGAUGAUAAAAGAAAACCAAAGUCCCCACCAGCCAACUGCAAACAGUUAGAAUUUGAAAGGAAAAUUGCUUUGGAAAUGAUUUAUUAUUUUCAAAGGAGCCCAUAGUAAUGGGUGGUUCAAAUCCGAAUAACAAGGAGGAUGAAUUCAAUGAAGCAAAAGAUGGAACUCUAGAAACAAAGGGGAGCCUUGGUGUGGAAACAUCACCAUCUGUUAAGAUCCAUGAGAAAGGAGAGAGCAAAGGAUAUGAGUGUGAUGUAGAAAUUCCACUUCCUUGUCAAAGCGGGACAGAACAGAAGGAACAGAAAUGAAAGGUCCAAGGUUGAGGAGGGAAAAGCUAUAAAUAGAGGAGAGUAAGGUGGGGAUAAUCUAAGCAGGUGGGAAAACUAGCUAUGUUCAAUUUGUUUAGCUAGAGAAAGUUGCAAGGAAAGGAAAGGGAACAUUUGAUUAUGCCUUGCCUUGGACAUUAUUAUCGUCAUCAACAACUUGAAAAUGUAUAAAUAGAGUUGGAGAUUGGGUAACAGGGGAUGCUAGGUUUUCUGAUUUUCUCUAAUCGACACACUUUUAAGUAGCAGAAAAUGGUUAAGAGGCGACACUUUUUUUUUUUUGUUAACUGCCUAGAAUUGAACUAAGCUCUUUUGCAAUUGCUAUUGCUAAUCCCAGCAACUACUCCAUCUGUCAAUGUGUAAUGUUUCAUUUCUCUGCUAAUGAUGGCCACAUCCUGUGGAAGGGUGGUUGCCUUGCCCCACCUGGAGCCGAUCCAACCUUGGAAAGAUUUCACCAAUUUCGAUGUCCACAGAACCCGGGAAAAGACCCCAAGUCAAUUAAGUUUUGAACCAUUGACAUGAAAUUGGAAACCCCAUUUCGCCUGGUGUUAUUGGCAUAAUAAUUGCAGCUUUGGUC